AUGGGGCUUUGUGUUGUUGGACUGGACCUCCUCACUCCCUCUUCUUCACCACUCGUUUCGAGCCAUCCAUUCAAUUUCAGGCUUAAGGCUGAGGCUAGAAUUGCAAGCUCAACCUUCACUACUUGCUCUGCAAAAGUCGUCAAUGUAGAUAAACCAGAGUCUAAAAUGGUGAAAGAGAACAGCGUAUCCGUGAUUCUUUUGGCAGGAGGAAAGGGUAAACGAAUGGGUGCCAGCAUGCCAAAGCAAUAUCUUCCGCUUUUGAGCCAGCCAAUUGCAUUGUAUAGCUUCUACACUUUCUCUCAAAUGACUGAAGUGAAGGAAAUCAUUGUAGUUUGCGAUCCCUCCUACAAGGAUAUUUUUGAAGAGACCAAGCAUAAGAUCCAGAAAGAACUUAAAUUCACAUUACCCGGGAAGGAAAGACAAGAUUCUGUUUACAGCGGACUCCAGGCAAUUGAUUUGAGCUCUGAGCUUGUUUGCAUCCAUGAUUCUGCUAGACCUCUUGUAUCAUCUGGAGACGUAGAGAAGGUUCUUAAAGACGCUUGGUUGAAUGGAGCAGCUGUACUUGGUGUUCCAGUAAAAGCUACAAUCAAAGAGGCAAACAGCGAGUCUUUUGUAGUCAAAACUCUGGACAGGAGAACACUUUGGGAAAUGCAGACACCCCAGGUCAUCAAACCUCAGUUGCUCAGAAAGGGUUUUGAGCUUGUAAAUAGAGAAGGCCUUGAAGUGACUGAUGACGUCUCUAUUGUCGAGCACCUUCCACAUCCUGUGUACAUCACUGAAGGAUCUUACACCAACAUCAAGGUCACAACCCCGGAUGAUUUAUUACUUGCAGAAAGAAUAUUAAGUAUGAGCUCUGGAAAGUCUUCUGAAUAA